GUUUUGUAUCCUACGGACGAGCCCAGCCACUCCCAUAGCGUGUUUGUGCUCGAGCACCUCCUGCGCUCCCUCUGCGACACGGCUUUGUUGAAGGACUCCAAAUAUUUUGCCUCCCCCAUCGUAACGAAGGCUUUAGGCGGCUUCCCAGGUGUGACCUUACGGCGAUACGAAUGCUCGGGCGCCUGCGUUGUGGUCUUGGAUAAUGCUUUGGAGGAGCAAGGCCUGUCUGUCCGGUGUCGCUUUGUUUUGCACACGGGCGAUCGGAGCGAUUGGGGCUCUACGCAUAAGCCGGCAGAGGCGCCAGAGUGGCGAUUAGUAGGCCCAGGACACCGGGCUAUAGUCGGAGUAUUGUCUUCCUCUUCCCAAAUGGCGCAAUUUGAGCUGGAGGCAAUGGGAACGAGUGGGAGUUUUGUCAUGGACAGGAUGGAAGUAGAGGCGCUUUCUCAAAACCAGAUUCAGUGUGAAGAUGUUGAUAAAGCCAAAGGCAUCUUUGCUUGGGUAAAAAUUUAGGCUUUGUACAGACUGAUUUCAAAAUACCUUACCAAGAUGAUAUCAUGGUUUUUAGUUCGUGAUG